AUUUGUCAAGGGCCACAGCUGUUCGAAAAUGGACCCAAAGAAAUCAAUAGAUGAUAAAUUCUCUAAGUUGCAUCCAAGUUUGCCAAUAGACACUAGAAUUGGCAUAGUGGGAGCAGGGCCAAGUGGCUUAUCAGCAGCCUACGCACUAGCUAAACUUGGGUACUGCAAUGUAACCGUGUUUGAGAAAUGCAAGACUGUUUCAGGGAUGUGUGAGUCCAUUGACAUAGAAGGAAGAACAUAUGACUUGGGAGGACAAGUUAUAGCAGCAAACAGUGCGCCUGCUAUAACUCACCUGGCAAAAGGGGUAGGAGCUGAAUUCGAGGAGAUGGAUUCACACAGGCUUGCUCUGAUCGACAGCCAAACUGGAAAUAUUCGAGAUCUUGAAGUAGCUGAGGACUAUGUAUCCAUGGUAUCUCUGACGCUAAAACUACAGGAUGAAGCAAAUAAGUCAGGCCGAGUGGGCAUCCAUGCUCUCAGUGGAUUGGCUUCUGACCCAACUCCUCAGUUUUUGAGGCAGCAUGGGAUAAAUUCAGUUCCGAAAUCUGUAGCAUAUGGAUACACAGCUUCUGGCUAUGGUUUUGUUCAAGACAUGCCCUAUGCUUUCAUUCAAGAAUUCACUAGAACCUCUAUGGCUGGCAAAAUCCGACGUUUCAAGCAUGGCUACAUGAGCAUGUGGGAGAAACUUAGUCAGUCAUUACCAUUUGAAGUUCUUUGUGGCACGGAGGUUUUGAGAGUCAGGCGCAGCAGCAAUGGUGCAAGUGUAACCAUUAAGAAGGACAAUGGUGACAAACAAGUAAUGGAGUUUGACAAAAUUAUAUUCUCAGGUGCUCUUGCUUUUAAAAAUGGCAAUACAUAUCGAUCUUCUAGUCUCACUGAUGGAGAAAGUGAAGUGGUGGAACUGAAUGAUCUCGAAAGAGAACUAUUCAGUAAGGUACAGACAGUGGACUACUAUACUACUGUUGUUAAGAUCAAUGGAUUUGAGCACAUGCCAAAGGGAUUUUACUACUUUGGAGAAUUCAUGGAGGAUCCAGCAACAAUAGGGCAUCCAGUGGCAAUGCAAAAAUUCUUUGAUGGCACGGACAUUUUCUUGUUCUGGUCUUAUGGGAAUUCAGCAGACAUCAACGGUUCAUAUGUGGCUAAAUGUGUGACGGACAUUGUGAGUUCUAUGGGAGGCACUGCUCAGAAUGUGCUUUUGCAGCGUCGAUUCAAGUAUUUCCCUCAUGUUAACAGUGAAGACAUGAAAGAUGGAUUCUAUGAGAGGCUUGAAUCUGAGUUGCAAGGCUAUCAGAACACUUACUAUGUUGGAGGUCUGCUAGCAUUUGAGCUUACCGAAAGAAAUGCUUCAUACUCCAUUGCGGCUGUUUGUAAACACUUUGCCAUCGAUGUUGAGCAAACUGUAACUCCUUAUGUCAAGCAACCCUUCACCUCCUAG